CCUUACCUUCAUCCUAAUUAGCGAAUAACACAGAAAAUGUCAACCGAAGCAACAACCAACGCCGGCCCAAAGCCAGGCAACCCGAUCGUAUACUUUGAUAUCGAUCUUCCUUCUUCUCCCGCUUCUGCGACAACCAGAAAAGGCGGUAAUCGAAUCGUGUUGGAAUUAUAUGCUGACAAGGUUCCAAAGACGGCGGAAAAUUUCCGAGUUUUAAGUACGGGAGAGAAAGAAGGUGUUCAUUUCAAGAAUAGUACGUUUCAUCGUGUCAUUCCACAAUUCAUGAUUCAAGGUGGUGAUUUUACAAGAGGUGAUGGUACAGGUGGUAUUUCAAUUUAUGGAGAAAAAUUUGAAGAUGAAGAUUUGACUGGGAAACAUGAUAAACCGUUCUUGUUGAGUAUGGCAAAUGCCGGACCGAACACCAACGGAUCACAAUUCUUUAUCACUACCGUGCCCACACCACAUCUUGACGGAAAACACGUAGUCUUUGGUAGAGUGUUAGCUGGAAAGAGUGUCGUCAGACGAAUCGAAAACACACCAACUGGCGAACAAGAUCGACCAAAAGAUCCAAUUACCAUUGCAGAUUGCGGACAAAUCCCAGAAGGAAGCUCGGACUACGGAAUUGGGGCAGACGAAACAGGUGACAGCUACGAGGACUUCCCAGAAGAUUGCGAAGGAACAGGAUUGGACGUAGACGAUCCAGAUGUAGCAUUCAAAAUUGCUUCAGAGCUUAGAACGAUGGGUAAUGCUUUGUUCGGUAAAGGACAAUUUCAACUCGCCUUCGAGAAAUACACAAAAGCAUUACGAUACCUCCUCAACAAUCCUGAAUUGCCAGAUUCACAUGCUUCCAAGAAAGAAUUCGCAGCUGAAUACGUCAAUCUACGGACACCUUUGCAAUUGAAUGGUGCAUUAUGCGCUAUCAAAGUAGCACAAGCCGAAGCAAAAGCAGCCGAAAAGGGAACAGCAUCAAAAACAGCAUCAGCAAUGGCUGUUGAAGCAGAAAAACUUACCUCGCAAGCAAUUGAACGAUUAGAAAACACAGGAUCAUGGGAUGAUCUUUCAGCCGAUACAAAGGCAAAUUUGGCAAAAGCAUACUAUAGACGUGCUUUGGCUAAAUUGGUAAAACGUGAUGAAGAUCUUGCAAUCUCAGACUUAGACAGCGCAUUGAAGUACGCUCCUGGAGAUGCUGCAAUCGUCAAGGAAAAGAACCAAUUGGCUGCCUUGAAAAAGCAACGUCUAGAACGACAAAAAGCGGCUUAUGGAAAGAUGUUCGGCGGAAGCAAGUAGAGCGUCUCCUCAUCUAGACGCACAUAAUUAUCCAAUAAACACAUCAAUGUAUUCUUUCAUAUCGUAAAUGCGAUCCACAGUAUUAAGC